AUGGCUUUUGUUGCGGACCAAUUCUUUGAGAUGGAUGCAUCCAUCUCCAAUGAGUGGGUUGACUUCGAUCAAUUCCUCGAUCUCCCUUCAGGCUACGAUGACCAGUCUACUGCCACCACCGUCUCACCUCAAGAUCUGGCUCUCCCUUACGAGGCAGAUGGGAUGUUCACCCCCUCAUCUGAUUUCAUGCAAUCCUCCUUCGAUAUGACCAACUAUGAUCUCCCACAAGAAGAUUUCAUGGGAAUGAAUGGAGGUUUCAUGCAGGAAUCGGCUGCUCCCUUGUUUGAUGAUGCUGCGUUCCUGGGCUACAACCCGUACGACAGCAGCAAUGCAUUCCGGAACUUGGUUGAGGCGCAGGCCGCCGCCGACCCGCGUGUUGCUACUAUCAAAGAGAAGCGCCGCGAGGCAGCGAUUGCGCUGCAUCUGCAGCGUCUUUGCGAUGCUACUGCUCUUGAUUUGGAUAUGUCCUCCGAUUCCAACACCAGCUUCUCAUCACCAAGCUGGUCAGAAUACAUUCGCGGGAGCAACUCUCCACGCCCUAGCCCGGAGAACUCAUCUGUCUCCGAGGCACCUCCCCCAGGAGGCAUGGAGAUGGUUCUCGACUUGAACAUGAACGCUGCAGCUAAUGUGCCCAAGAAGCAGAAGCCUCGAUCUCAGGCACAGAAGGAGAACUACAUCAAGGCUCGGAAGUACGGUGCCUGUGAGAAGCACAAGAAGCAGCACAAGCGAUGCAACUGCCUGGAGAAGGCUGCUGCUCGUGUCACUGCCAGCGACGUUCCUAUGGACGCCGCACUACAAGAAAGACCGAGGCCGCCGAUGCUCCAAGUGUCGAUCCUCCCAGGAUCGCGCUACUCAGACUCGCCCGGUCACGACCCGACAUUCAACUCCCCUCAAACGCUUCCAACCGUCAAAGCCCCGAGGAGACCGACAAGCGUCUCGUCUGGUCUCGACCAAUCUGUGGGACUUCCAUCAAUGGGACUGCCUGUUGCGGUACCAAUCGCCAAGCAGGUCAUCAGAACAAAGACAAAGAACACACCACCGGGACACGACACACUCCUAUCUGGCAAAACCAUCUCAGAGCACUCUUCCCCUGGACACGAGAAAAUCUCCACACAAGAGAGGAUCUCAAAGAACACAGGAAGUGGACAACCCCACGAUCCACGCAAUUCAAGCGCGCUUCGGCACCUUCACGCAGCUGCGGUGCCACCUGGCAGCUCGAGCUUGCGCUGGCGUGUUUCGACCUCGUCGGUGGGUGUUGCAUGUUCAGAAAGGACCAACAUCAAGACGACAUCCUCGAUGGGAAUGUCCGUGGUACCAGGUACUGUUGCUGGCAUCGUUGGAAUGCGCCAUUCCAUGCCCCUCGUGCGCAACUCUGGAGCCCAGGUACCUGGACCGGAUCACAAGAGAGUUCCAGUGGGACUUUCCAAGCAACUCGCAGUUCAACCUGGCUUACAAUCGGUGCCAAAGGAUCUACUGGUGUCGCCGGCUCGGCGUGGAUCGCCAUAUCUCUUUGGAAACGGAUUGCCGGAUACCCUCGAGGUUCAGCCACUGUUCAUCAACGGAUCCCUUCUUGUUCGGUCCGUUGCUGAAAGUGUUGGCCAUCUGGUUUCCAGUACUGCCCUCGUAUUUGCCGGUGCCUGGAAGUCAUCGCUGUCUCUGGCAUCUGGGACUGAGGGCGCGGUCUACAACUGUCUGUCUCUGCUUGGCCGACACCUUGUGUCUGCGACGAAGGGCUUAUAUCUAGGCGGUCUGCGGAACGCUCCGUGUUUAUGA